GAAGAUCUCUAGCAAUCUGCGGGCAGCUGCAUCCGGAGCUUGCUGACCACACUGCACCUUGCCGACCACACUGCACCACUCGGCUACCACCCCUACGCUUAUUACCGGAGCUCAUGCUACCGGGAGACAACGCCACGACGGCGACACUGCAUGUGUCCUCCGCGGCGGCCUCUCCCCUGCUUCCCGGGGGAAGGAGCUUGCAGCACCAGCGGCGUCUGUGCAGCUCGUCUGCUCGAGAGGAGGCGAACCUGAGCUGAGAGUUGCUGCACCAGCCACACGCCGCCGCGAGCAGGCGCCAUGGCUCCAACUGGUCUACGGCCCCGCGCUCCCGCUGCAGUCUGCUAGUCCACGCCGACGAGCUUCUGCUCCUCUCUCAUCUCUCUUUGCCGACGGCGCGGCGACCAUCGAUAUCGGGCCGCCAGCCCAUCGGUCACUCCCUUGACCUUCUCGCUCGCGAGCCUGCCGUCCAUACCGCCCUUGGUGGGGAUCCUGCCGCUAACCGCCACCUCUACCUGCGGGUUGCGGCCUCAGGUGAGAGGGACGAGGAGCGGCGACGGCUCGGGAGGGUCAAACAGUGGCUAGGAACCGGCGUCAUCGGGAGAGACGGACGAGGAGUGGCGGCAGCUAGGGAGAGCAGAGCAGCGGAGGGGAGAGAAGGCGAAGCGAGCUGGGAAAGAUGGCCAUGGAUGAGACUUACAGGACGAGCGCCAUGGAGCUUGGCCUAAGGAAGAAGAAAGGGAUAGGUUGGACAUUUCACGUGGACACAAUCUGCCCGAGGGCAAAUAGCAAAGAGCAAAGUAAACUAGGGCAAAAGAUAAGUUACAAAGUAAAUGAGGGCAAAUUAUAAAGGUACCAAGUAAAGAGGGGUAAAAAAUAAAAUUCUUCUUUUCUAAAGCCAAAUCUUUCAGUGAUAUUUUUCUAAAGUGUGAAUCUUUUAAUGGUAUAGAACCUUUCUCGGUCCGCAAUAGAGGCCGGAGGAGAAUGUCGCACCAUCCCAUCGACCUGUCGUCGUUCCCCCUCCGGCAAUCUCGCCGGCGUUCCCCCACCCGGCGACCUCCCCGUCCGCUCCCGGCUGUGGGGCGCAGGGAAUUAGCUGAAAGGCCAGCGACGACGGAAAUAUAGCGCGUCCACCGGCGAUGCUCCGCCUCACCCGUUAUGUCCGGGUAGUCCUGGGGAAGCCGGCGCACGAGCUCGUUCUGCUCGGAGUGGAGCCGGAUCUUCUGCGCCGCCCGCCGAUGCCAUGGCGGAGGAUGCGCCUCUGUUGGGUAGCACACCAAUCGAUGGGAGCCGCACCAGCAGUGCGGCUGCUGCUCUUUCGGCGGUAUGGAGGGGGAGCUACGGCGGCUACGGAUGGACCUAUGGCGGGGGGCUCAGGCGGCGGCGCAACAGCAAGCUCUGGCGGCGGCCGAGGCUUUUCUCCCACGGCGGGGGAAAAUUAGCGAUAAGAGGGACAAGGAUUAGAAUCAGAGUUGCGAUUAGAGAAAAGAGCGAUCGAUGGUUCGGCCGUUUUGGAUGGACCAGCCAGCUGAUACGGAGUACAACAUAUGGCGAUAAUUUUCUCUCAUGUGGAUGAUACCAUCCAUACAAAUUUGCAACCAAUCAGUUCAUCACCCGACCUUCUCAUAUCUGCUGCCGGAGGGAGGCGAAAACUCGUAGCAGCGGCCACCCAGCCCCGGCUCCUCCCAGGUAAGCGGUUUGAAAUAUGCUGAAAAUCAAUGGAAAAGAUGUUCCCGCUAGAACAAGGAGCAGAAACUUGGGUUUGAACGAGGCAUCCAGCAGAUUAAUUGAUCGUGAAGGUGGUGUACUCAGUCAAGAACUUGCUGCAGAGUUGUCUCCAAGCAUCGUCUCGCUUGCCUCAUUUGACGGUGAAAAGCUCCAUUCUCAAUGCACAGGCACAGUUGUCCGAAAUGAUCGACUAGGUUCAUCUAUUGUGACAUCGAGAGAUUUGGUUACCACUACAGAUUCAGGUUAUGUCCGUACAUUGAAGAUAAAAGUGCAUCUACCGAAUGGGGAAGUUGUGAAUGCAUCUGUGCAAUACUACAGUGUAGCUCACAACAUGCUUGUUGUAACCACUAGGUUCUUCCCUGAUAUCCGUGCAGCUUGUUUACCACAAAUGCAAGUUGAUUCUUCCACGCGGUUAUUAGCUGCAAGUUUAUGCCGCAUUUCGGACAAAUUUUGGGUGACCACUGGGGUACUGACCGACAGUCCUACUGGAGUUGAGAGCCAUGAAACCAUGUGGUCCACGUGCGAGAUCACUGAGGCUGGAAGCGGUGGACCUCUUGUUGAUUUUGAUGGGAAUAUUGUUGGGAUGAACCUCUGUAUGAAGAAGGGAAAAACCUCGUUCGUACCAGCAAAGAGAAUUGUUGAAUGUAUGGACAGGCUUGGAUUCUGGACCUAUUUGGAGAAUACCCCCAAACCAUCGAACUUCAGUUCAGAAGGUACUUCAAGUCUAGAUACCAUUGUAGGUAGCUCAAGUGAAAAUCGCGGAAGCGGGGAAGUGAAAAUAAGAACAAGGAACCUUGUGCAAUUCCUAUCCAUGAAGCUAAUGACGUAUGGCGUGACCUCAAUCAAGCACUUGCAGAAAAGUUGUCUCUGAGCAUUAUCUCCAUUGCUUCAUUUGAUGGAGAGACAUUGCAUUCUGAAUGCACAGGCAUGGUUAUUGACAGAGAACUGUCUUCAGCCUCUUUUCUGACGACAGCAAGUUUGUUUGGAUCAUUAGAUCAAAAUCUUUGGGAUGAUUUAACGGUUUGUGCUGCCAAUUUCUUUGCUUGCUUAUUUAUGGCAUAGGUAAUGGUUACGCACAAUGUUUGUCUUGCUUUGCUGUAUCAUUACAGAUCAAAGUGCGCCUUCCGAAUGAUGAAGAAGUGGUCCAUGGAUGGUUGCAUUAUUAUUCGUCUCCUUACAGUCUUGCUGUCAUCGUCACCCAUUCCUUGCCGCCCUCCCUUGAUCUUUGUGUAGCAUGUCUUGGCAAC